AUUUCUUUUUGUCUUUGUGAGUUGUUUUUUCAUUUUCUUUCAUCUUUGAUGAUGAAUUUUGAUUGUUGAUCUUUUCAGUUUUUCUUUUAAUUAAAACAACUUUAAUUUCUGUUGAUUGUGGUUACCAAUUAAUCAAAAUAAUCUAUCGAUUGUCAAGGUGUUCACAGUUGCUCCUAAUCUGUGAUUUUGUUGUUUUUGACUUGCUAACUUUGAUUAAUGUUCCACUUCAUUAAUUGAUUUUCUUCAUUAAUUAAUGUAAACAAUUUGAUUGUUAUUUUAAUUGAUCACUUACUCUGUGUCAAAUUAACAAUGCCCUUGUUUAUAUCGUGAUUUAUUAUUCUAUUGCCUGAUAUCUUCGUCUUCCAACUAAAUCCUAACGCAACCAUUUUGUUGAUUUAACAAGAAAAUUAUUUUUCUUUUCAUGAGAGAUUCUUCAAUUUUGUGGGAAAUGAGAAAGUGUUAUUGUUAAUUAUUAAUUCUAGUCUCUCCAUUAAUUUAUCUUGCUCAUCAUCACCAUCAUAAUCAACAGAAUUAGUGAUUAUUUUUAAACCUGAAUCGAUUCACUGGAUAAACUUACCCAAGAGUCUGUGCUAUUGGAAGCCAAUAUUUUUGUUACAUUCGUCCUGUUAUUAACUUCAAGAUCAUCAACAACAACAUUUCCUAUUACAAUUAGACGAUAAUUUACUAAUUUGGCCAAUGAUUUAUCCAUUAACCAUAACUCAUUAAUCAUUGAACAAAAAAUUGUGUAACAAACUGUAACCAAUAAAAAACAGAAAAGUUAAUAUAUUUAUAUUCAUCUAUUUAUAUCCAUCCAAUGCAUCAAUCAAGUGUUAAAUCCUCCUCUGGCUCUCCAGCCCCACCGCCCCCAGAGACAACAUCCAAAGGCGCUUUUCAUGUCAACUUCAACAUCGAUCAAACCGACAUCACCGAUCGGAAGAAAAAUUAUCUCACCGCUAAGUACGGACAACACCAGAUGAACCUAAUUAAGAAAAGAUUACGAGUAGAAAUGUGGAUGUGUGAACAAUUACAAAGUCUCUAUUCGAAUGAUGAUGGAACUGAAUCUAAUGAAGUUGAAAUCGAUUUGGAUGAACUUCUAGAUCUGGAAGGUGAUGAUCGCCGGAAAGAUUGGUUAAAAGCAAAGUUAAUUGGUGUUAAAAAAUCGGUUCUUGUAAUGGAAAAGUUUAUCGAUGAAGUUUUGGAAAAGGCGAAAACAUUAUAAUCAAUUAAAGAAAGGAAACAAUUAACAUCUUUUUCCUUUUUUUGGAAAGUUAAUCAUUGUUAAAAUUUAAUUAUUUUUCUGUGAAUACUUAAAGUGUUUACUUCUCAACGUACAUGUGUGUUAAUGUCAAUCACUAACAAUUUUAAUUAAUUACUUUUAAUCAAAUUGUGUUUACAACAAUGAGACAAAAAAAACUGGGAAGACAAUUAACUUAAAAUACUUAACAAAUGUGACAAAAUUAAAUCGUGAAUUUAAUUUGUAUCCCAACCUCUUUAAUUUUUCUAAAAAUAAAAAUCAAUCAAAACGAACCAAA